AGCGGCUGGUACACACAGCUGGAAGCCAUGUUCUUCAUGGCGAAUCCUUUCCAGCAGCCUAUUGCGAUCUUGGCUCAAGCUGCAACCAUGGAAGCUGAGGGGCAUACGAGGACUGCGAGCCUACCUUCCCUUUCACGUCAAACGUCGGAGGAAGGUGGUGGUGGUGGUGAUGGUGGUGGUGGUGGUGGUAGUAGUAGUAAACUUGGCACUGAGGAUGCUGAGGACAUCAGAGAAACUGAAAUAGAACUCAGGUUCCAGCAGAGAGUUGCUCAGCAGAUUGCACGGAUGGAGGUGACAAGUUCCGAGGUUGUAAGGGUCACACCUGCCUUCCGAACCUUUGAGAAGGGUGCUGUCGCCUUUCGAAAGGAAUGUACUGGUGACUUCUAUUUCAAGAGUGAGAGGAGUGAGAAGAUUUCCACCUUUUGGAGUCACUCAUGGCACGAUGGACAUUGGAAGAAGAUCAUAACGCUCAUCACCAUUUACAACGGCCCGGCGGCGUCCGUCUUGGGCAUGCUCUCGGCUCUUGUGAUGAUGCUGCUGUUCUGCUUGGACCUCCUUCCGAGCUUGGACCGGGGCAGGACGGGCGAGUUUCCCUUUGGCUACUCGUGUUGGUCGCUCUGGUCUGGCUUCCUGGUCACCUCUCUCGCGAUGAUACUGUGGCGACCUCAAAGUCGUGUAUUCUUGGACCGUAUUUGCAUCAGCCAAACUGACGUGGCCUUGAAAACUCAAGCGAUUUUUAGCCUGGCUGGGUUGCUUAAAAAGUCGGAUUCGAUGCUCAUUCUAUGGGAUCCAAGUUGGACUGAGCGGUUGUGGUGUUUGUUUGAGCUUGCAGCCUUCUUGCAGAGCAAAAAAGAUCUCAAAAAGGAACUGAUCAUCAGGCCAACCUUUCUUGGGCCGGUUCAUAUUGCAGUUUUCUUGACUUGUGUUGCUGGCAUGAUUCCUCUCACGAUGGCACCAAUCGAUGUUUCAAACGGAGCUAUUGCCUUUGUGGUUCCUGCAAUUUUUAUGUGCCUGUCUGGCUUUGUAGUUUUCUAUGUGGCCAUGAGCACUCUACGCAGAUAUUUCCGAGAUCUGGACAUCGUGAAACAGCAGCUGCUGUCCAUCUCUUUUGAUACCGCUCGAAGUAGCUGUUGCGACACCAACCAUGUCGGGGCAUCUGGAGCCCCAGUCAUUUGCGACCGGAGGAUUGUGCAGGAAUGCGUGAAUGUGUGGUUCGGGAGCCAAGAAGCCUUUGAGAACACCUUGCGUUCAGAGAUUUUGGCCAUUUUGACCCAUGACUUGACGGAACGGAUUUUCAGCACCAAGUCCAGUCUUGCAAUGUUCAUGCCGCUGAUGUGGGGCUUGAUGGACAUCUCAGCAAGUGAGUGGCAGGUGCCUGCAAAAGAAUUCUGGCAGAAAUCAUCUUUCGCCUUCUUGCUGGAUGGUGUGAGCGUUUGGCUGGUGUUCAUGCCCAUGUUGAAGGAGGUGCUCAUCCUGGUGGGCAAGUUGACACGGACCACGCCCAAGAAUCAAUGCCUUGAAAUCAUGAAGAAUUUUUUGAGUUCCUGCACUUUGGUCGUGCCAUGUGUGAUCGUCAUAGCAACUUACGGCUAUUUGUUUUCCUUCUACACUCUCCUUCCAGUUGAGCGUGCUGCCAUUUUUUUCGCGUGCAUGCUGUUCUAUUCCAUGGUCACUUGGUGCCUGACCGUUGGUAUCAAGGCCGUCUCGAAAGGACUAUGAAAACCAGUGCGAACGUCGAGAGCUCGCUGAGACAACCUUGUGUUUCAACUAAUGCCCGUGUGGCAGACUGAAUUCAAACAUAUUGAGAGGAAUUGUACCAAAUUUUCUGAAAGAUUCUUAAUAGCGACCUGAAGCGACCUCACCAAAGACUUCUUGAAGCAAUGCCUUCAAAGAAGAGCCGCGGAGGAAAA